AUGCAUCCUUUCCCUGGAAAAAGUUUUGUGCAGUUAAAAAGAUUGGCCCAAAGAGUUCAUAAUUUUGUUUGGAGGACUAUAUAUGGAGGUCUUGAGGUAUCGAGUAAAAUAAGGAGAUAUAUUGAUAAGGUACCCACAGAGUGCAUGAUGUCUUGUUCUGAAGAAGAAACUGUCGACCAUUUAUUACUUCAAUGUCGGAUUGCCCAAGUCAUUCUAUUUGCAUGCCUUUUAAGAUUGAGACUGCAGGACACCAUAAUAGGAUCUAUCAAAGAGUUAUUGGCCUCAUGGAUCAUGAUCCAUGAUGAAUACUACACAUUCAACUUGGAAGUAUGUAUGAUGUGGGCUAUUUGGAAAGGCAUAAAUCAAUUGAUAUUUGAUCAUAAGCCAAUUAAUAUUCAAGCUGUCAUCUCUCAAAGUAUGUAUUGGUUCAAUACUUUCUAUUACCAUGAAGAUGAUUCAGAUUCUGUUGAUCUCGUCCAUGUGCAUCCGAACAUAAGUUUCACCAAGCCACAACGAUGGUGCCCCCCACCAGUUGAUACUAUAAAAAUUAACGUCGAUGCUACCUGGCAUAGAGUCGGGUCUUCUUGCGCUGCUGUUGCUAGAAAUAACCUUGGUAAAUUCAUUUGUGCACGAACUAUCAUGGGUGAUAUAAAAAAUCACAGCACUGCAGAAGCAUCAGGCUUCCUUAUGGCUAUUACUUUGGCGGAGGAAAUGCAUUUCAAGAAGAUAAUCAUUGAGGGUGAUGCGCAGAAAAUUGUUCACGCUUUAAAUGAUGGCUUGACAAGAGUUUCUUGGAGGCUUUUUCGAUAUGUGGACCAGAUAAAACAUAUGGAUUUCAAUUUUGAUCAAGUUGAAUUCUCAUCCAUUCCGCGAGAGGCAAAUGAAGUUGCUCAUCAACUUGCUACCUAUGCUUUUAAGCAUAAUAUUCAACAAUGGUGGAUCUCUUCUCAACCCCCCUGUAUCUCUUCCAACCAUUCUUUGAAAGAAGUUUUAGAAUCUCAUGUGUAA